GUCGUUAUUCGUGUCCAGCCUCUCCAGCGUGAGGGCGAAUCUAUCGAACAGUUGAGAAAAAGAUUGGUUUACCAGAGCAGAAAGAGGGGUAUCUUGGAGACUGACUUAUUACUCUCGAGAUUUGCUAAGAAGCACUUAGACACACUCACCAAGGAGCAACUUGAGGAGUACGACAAGCUCCUUGAUGAACUCGACUGGGAUAUAUAUUACUGGGCCACAAAGAAUUUUGAGAUCACACCUCUACCAGACAGAUGGGAAAACUCCGAAGUCCUGAGAAUUCUACAAGAAGACGCAAAAAACAAAGAGAAGGAGAUUUUAAGAAUGCCUGCCUUG